AUUCUAGUAACGAUCAUCAUUAAGUUGUAACAAUAGUGAAUUACAUGGUACCGUUGAAAAACAAAUUAUUAGUUUUUGUUGGUUGUUUAAUUAUUUAUCUUAAACAUAUUGUACUAUAAAUUUUAGUUUAGAGUUUAGACCAUAUUUUUAUGUCUUUUUAUCCUUUUAUGUUAUUACAUUUUUUUUUUGAAUUCUUACGAUAAUACGUAAAAGAAAAUGUCGGUCCCCCCGACUCACGAAUCCUAGCUCCGCCCCUGCACGAACCGUAUUAUUUUGUGUAUAUAUAUCUAGGUUUACAUGCUUUUCUGUGUACUAUGGAUUAUGACCCUUAUAUAAUAUUUCAUGGAAUGUACAAGUUUAAUUUUGAAUAAUCUGAUACGGCAGAAUUUAUAGGAUUUGGUCUAGUGAUACAUCGGAAAAUGACAUUGUUGUAAUAAGAGACCAUAUGUUUUAAAGACGACGCGCAUCUACAAAGUCUUAUCUUAUUGAGAGAUGAUGAAGCAUUUUUAGACGAGACAUGAAGUUCCUGGACGGUUCAGGUCAUGGCCAUAAGGCCCACGGAGAAGAGAGAUCGGGUUUGCGGCCGACGGAGAAGACGACUAAAUCAGUAGAGAGCAUAUCGGCCGCAGCCUAAGCAACAGUCUUCAGCACGAGCAGGGCAGCAGCAGAAUCGCCGGAAAACAGAGUGGGGGGGGGGGGAAAAGUUUCAAUUUGGGCGGCAAAAGAAAGAGACUUCUUCUUCUUCUUCCUCUCAACUGUGGUUCCCGCUUCAACGGGGAAACCAUUAAUAGCAAACCAAACUAAACUACUCUUCUUCUUCCCCCCUCUAAUUCUAGAGAGAGAGAAGAAGAGAUAGAAAGAGAAACGGGUCGGGGAAAAGUGGAGCAACGAUGCAGACACCCUAUCUACUGUUGCCUCCACCUUGUCCCCUGCCUCUCCCUCCUCUGUUUUUCUUCCUUUUUCUCUUUAUUGUUUGCCAAUUUCACCUCUCCCCCUUUAAAUUCCUCCCAAAAAAAGCCCCAACUCUGUCUCCUUAAAUUCACAAACCGCUUCUCCCUUUCUUUCUGCACCGAUCUCACUCCACUGCCCACUUGGAACCAGAAGAAGAAGAAACAGGGUAAAUUUUCUUUUCCCCAUGGAGCUUCAGCUGGGUCUCGCUCUUCCCACCACAAAUAACAAAUCCAACAACAGAUUGAACUUCGGUAAUGAUAAUAACGAUGUGGGUAGUUACACAAACGACGAGGUGAUCGUACAAUCAUGGCUUCCGGUCGCCAACAAUGGUGGUGGAACAGAGUGUUCUGCUGUCAACAGCAGGAAACGCCGCCGUUUCAUCGAGUAUUUCGAGGAUGAUCAUCUUCCCAUCAAUCUCAAAACGCUACCCUUAUUGCAAUUGGCAGGCGGCAGCGACGACAACGACGAUAAUUGCUCUGUAGUUCUCAACAAAAUUGAGACGGAGGAUGAAGAAGAAGGAGAUGACAACGACGGCGAAGGGAUUGUGGGGUGGCCGCCGAUUAGUUUCCGGCGGAAGAAGAAGAAGAAGAUGUGGAAUCACAGAGAUCAACUGAUGAUGAUGAUGAUCGUCGAUGGGUCUUCUCCUUCUUCCGAGGAAUGUGGAGAGGGACCCACGUCAAUGUACGUGAAGGUGACGAUGGACGGCGUCGGGAUCGGAAGGAAAGUUGAUCUUGCAGUUCACGAUUCCUUCCCUUCCCUUCGACGGCAACUCUUCGCUAUGUUCGGAUUACCGGAAGAGAAUCCCUGGGACGGCGGCGCCGGCGCCGGCGACUAUCAGCUUACGUAUCAGGAUUCUGAAGGCGACUGGCUAUUAGCUGACGACAUCUCCUGGAGGAGCUUUAUGGGGUCUGUGCAGCGACUGAGGCUGAUGAGGAGCAGCAGCAGCAGCUAAGUGGAUGAAGAUAUAGAUAGAUAGAUCGACCUCUAGGGUUAAGAUUUGGUCAAACUUUUGCUCACAGUAGUUUCUGAUCCCUAGUUAGAAAAUGAAGGUUGGGAUUUAUUUUGGUUUUUUUUUUUUUUUGUUAUUUGGAGCUCUCUCCAUGUAGUGUUGCAAACCUAAGUGUGUGUAUAGAUUAUGUAGUCUAAUUUGUAUGGGAUUAUUGUACAAAUAUCUAAUAAAUAUAUAAUUAUAUGAAUUAGAAGCCAUCAAGUACGAGUAGUAUUAGUAUUAAGUAUUGGUCUUGAAUUCGAAGGUCUUAAGUUUAACUUUCUCUUAAGUAGCACGGACGUGUUUGUUUAGGAAAUCCAUGAGGAUAAUAAUGGUUUGAAUUAUUUUAUAGUUUGAUCAGUCACGAUUCAUUUUCGGACAUUUGUAAUACUUCUCCUUCUACUCUCUGAUUGGAGAUGUUUGAAUCGCUUUUGGCUACAGAAGAAUGCCAACAUGCGAUUUUUUAUCGAGUUAGAAUAAUAAUAUUGGUAUACAUAGUAAAAGUCCAUUUUGUAGUUGUGCACGUAAAGUACUCGUAUAUGUAAUGAAUGUGUGUUAAGACUCUCGUUCUCGUUCUAUUUGUCGAGCUGUUUUAUUUUUCUUGUUUGUUUGAUACUUCACGAAUUUAACAAAUAUAAAAUGCAUUUAAUACACAUAUUUUUUUAUAAAAAAAAUAUAAUAUACUAUAUUUAUGUUUGAUUUAAAUUACAUUUUGUACCGUUCCAUAAAUAAUAACUGAUACCAAACUUGUAACCGUACUAUUUAGUUUAAGUUAAUGUACACAGUCUCGUAUAGUAUCAUAACAUGCUCGUGCGUAUCAGUAUCUUAACCCAGCUAAAAAGGAUAUAAAAUCUGGGAUGAAUUUUUUUUUUUUUUUUUUUUUGCCAUUUUUUUCUAAUGGAACAGUCCAAUUAAGGAAGCCCAAUGAAGGAAAAGGCAGCGCAGGGAACCACAAACUCAGUAGUUCAGUACCAGGCUACCAGCCAAAAAAUUGACUACGCUUGAAGCCCAUUACAAUUAAUCAAAGUCCAUAACGUAAAUCAUAAUAUAGCCCAGCUAUAUUAAGCCCACAUAUUUUUAGCAUAUAACUUUUUAGCGUAGGGCUAAGAUUUUGUGCCAUUCAAUUAGGGCUGGGAAAUGGUGCGGUUUGGUUUAGACCAGACCAUAUAUACGGUCUAUGGUCCAGGCCGAGAGGCUGAAGUAUAGACCACAGACCAGACCACAAACUAUACGGUCCGGUCCAGACCACGCAUGUGCGGUCUGGUUUGAUAUGGUCUGGUCCAGAUAGACCACACUCAAUGGAAAAUGAAUAAUUUGUUUAGUAAACCACACAAAAAAUUGAACCAAUAACCGAGAAAAAUAAUUGAUAUUUUCCUUAACACAUUAAUCCUAACAUGCAUGAAUAAUUUUGAUACCCUAAAUCUUUGUACAUAACAAAGAUACAAAGUAAAAGGAUCCCAACUUGCACCCUAACGUCAUAAACAUUAACUUAAUGUCGUAUGGAGACACAAUUAUUUCUACUCUCUGGUUAAAUGUGGUUGUGAAUGAAGGAGGAACGGGAUUCCCAAAACUAAGGUUGAGACUUGGGUGUCGUUGUGAGAGUUGAGAGAGUGGUCGAAUGGGCUGUUAACACGUAUUGACAACUCGGUUGGGUCCACGGGUUGGUCCGGUAAACCGUGGUCUAGACCAGACCAAGAUAUCAAAACAUAAAAUAAUACAGACCAUGGACCAGACCAGACCAUACUUAACGAUCUAUAGUCCGGACCAAACUGUGAGGUAUGAUUUGGACCACGGUUUUUCUAACGGUCUGGUCUAUUUUUCCAGUCCUACAUUCAAUACGGUUAAAUGCAUGGCGUGUCAUUUAAGUAUAGCUAUAUAAGGGAUGUUGUACACUAAUUAGUUGAUUUAUAUUUGUUACAAUUAAAAACAAAACAAAUUGACUUACUGUUACAACUAAACCAUAAAAAUUGAAUUCUGGUUUCACCACUAUAAUUUAUGUCCACAAAUUUAACCAAAUGAAAAUUAUUGUCCUACCACUUUGAAGAAAAUAAAAUAUAUAUAAUCAUUUUGCACAAAUGCUGAACUUACAUGACCAUUUCUGAAUAAUUACCUCUUUCUGCUUCCUUCACCAAUUGCAAGUCACAUGUACAAAAAUUUGAAUAGAUAGCACUUAGCAGCAACGCAAGUUCCCAUGGGAAACCCUAAUAGGUACCUGCGGAAGUAGAAGAGUCUCUCCAAAUCCCAAUUUUAUAUCCUCCUUUCAAAAUGCUUGUCUUCCGAGUUGGUGAUCUGAAAACUCGAAUUUGGAUGUGGCAAAUUGGAUUUCGGAUUAGAAAAUUAAGAGUUUUGACCGUACCAACAGUCAAAGUUUUUUUUAUAACCCAGGGAACCUCAGUCCCACGUGCUGCUUGAGCGACAACGGGGCCUACUAAACCACUGGGGGUACCUGCAUACUAACCCGGGCUUUCUGCUACCAACAUCGGGGAGGCUUCGCCUCCGAUACCUAGGGUGCCGCCGGGAACGCUCAAGUGGUGCCACUAGGAAUCGAACUCAGGACCUCCCACAUCCAGAGCUCAAUUGGUCUAGGCUAUGUUACCUUUGGCAAAGUUAAUAACGUUAAUGAAAAUGAAGCUUUGUGUUUGAAUUGUUAUAUUGAAUAGUUGAAGAUAUUUUUUUAAUAGUUCAAAGUGUUGUAGUGAAAUCUAACUCUAUUAAUAACAAUAUUAUUGCUAGCCAUUUUAGGGAGUUGGGCAGCCAGUUAGGGGUUGACUAGGAGUUGGGCUAGCCAUUAAUAACAAUAUCAUCCUAACUUCUAGUAGUUAGUUGUAUAAUGACUAGUAUUAUAGUGUGUGGUCAGUGGUGGAGAUGGGGUGAGUAGGGGUGUUCAAACGGUUUGGUUACCGUGGUAACCGUUUUAACCGGUACUAUUUGGAUAAUUUGGUUUGGUUAAUCUGGAUAAUUGGUUUGGUUUGGUUAAAGUUUUUAGCUUGUUUGGUUUAGGUGGUUUGGUUUGGUUUCAGACACUCCUAACCAGUCAAACCAAAUUAACCAGUUAAGUAAUUAGUCAUAUAUCUAACAUAUAUUAUAUACACAUACUUAAUACUUUGCAUAACCACUCAAGAGUUAACGUUCAUCCCUUUUAGACUCAUAAAAUAUAAAGCUCAAUAUUGC